UAGGAAUGCCGGGACGGUCGGUCCCUGCUCGAUUCUCACUUUCCCCCCCCCCCGGGGUCGCCGCCGAGACGUGUGGGGGGCAGGCGAGGGCAUCGAGGUCGGCGUGCACCAGCACAACUUUGCGCUGGAGCGCAUCGCGCAGCCUGACACCCCGUACGGGCUGGAGCCCGCCGCCGCGUGGCUCGGGCGCAUGCUGGAGCCCGCCGCCGCCGCGGGCACCACCCUGAUGCGGGCGGCCGCCGAGGCCGCCGACGCCGAGGAGGCCGUGAGGGAGGCAGCCGCAGGCGUCCCUCCCAUCGCGACCGCCUACAAGUGGGUGGUGCGGGCUGUCCUCGGCGGCCCCGUCUCAGAGGGCGGCGUGUACGCGGAGGGCUGCAUGGAGCUGCUGAACCGCGCGAUCGGCGCAGGGAGAGGGUCGCCAAGACUCUCAACGGGAUCGUGCGCGAGUGCUUGUCGCAAGGGCAUGCGGACGUGGCGGCCGAGCUCGAGCGGAUCUGGCUGGAGAAAGGCGUGAGGCUGCCGAAGGCCACCAACGCCCUCCUGGCCGCGCGGGGCCUGACGGUCGGGGACGAGAAGGCCAUGGCGGAGCGGCUCGAGAGGCUCGGGACCAACCUCACGGUCC